CUCGAAUUUCUACAAGCGCGUGUUAGGGGAAAAGAUUCACGCAAACUGGGUUUUCUUUUCAACAUUUUGCCGCCAUGUUGGAGAAACAGUAUUCCGUGAAGUUUUUCUCCUCAUUCAUUGAGGCCAUACAGAAAGUGUGUCGAGACUUUCUCGACUAUGAACAGGGAGUGGAACUCAGUGGCUAUCUGGCCGUGGAGAUAGACAACAUUAAGAAAGAGAGAUACGUCCUCAGUGAGUUUAUUCAGAGCUCGGGCAAUGUGAUCAGUGAAAGUUUCUGCACAAAAGCCUUUAAGACGGUGCCAAAAAGUGCCCAGACUCCAGAACACAGAGUUCUCAAGGAACAUAACACAAGUUCGAGUAUCGACUUGAUAGACAGUUAUGGCCAGGAGCAGGCCUCGAUAAACCGCAGAACGUACCUGCCAGGUGGAUAUUCUUCUAAUCAGAGACAUUCAACUGGAGGUUUUCACAGUGUUCGCUCCACUCACUCGUCGCGGUCACAGCCUCAAAUACAGCCUAGAUCAUCGACAUCGUGGAUCUCUUCUCCCGAAACGGUCCAGUCACAUCAGACAAACACGUCGGGUAGAAGUUCGUUUCCCGGGACUCAGACAAAUAUUGGUUUUGAAGCAAGUGAUCGAGGUUUUAAGAGAAACGCUACAGAUUUGGAAGGGACACCUUCUAUAAAAAUAGCACGGUCAGGUUCAGCAGACCAUUCUAUAGCAGGCAGCUCCGCAAACUUAGUAUCAGAAACUCAUUCUAACCCAGAAUUUACACAAUCUACCCAGUCGGGCAUGGAGGAAAGUGUUCAUUUGCCGCUGUCGGCGAAAGUGAAGCAAGAGGAGGAGGAUGAUGAUGAUGAUGUGACAUUGAUAGAAAGUAUAAGUGACUUUAGCAAGGGAGACGGAGCGGUGGGGUUCGGUGGUGACUAUUCAGACAUUCUCAGAGACGAUGUCGCUGGCUCGUCACAAAACAUGUACAUGCAGCUGUCUACGUCCGGGGAGAAAGUGGAGCUUUUUAAGGCUCAUCCAAAGAAAGCCUAUACCCAAUCAGCAUUUAUUGAAGCACUGCGCAUUGUCUCUGAGUGUGGAAUUUCCAUCAGAAAGGCUGGCAGAAUGUACAAUAUCCCACACCAGACCCUUCACGAUCACAUCCGUGGCCGGCGUAAGAAGCAGAGAGAGGAAAUUCCUCUUUCCAUGGUUCCAGGGGACCGUUUCAUGCCAGAAAACCGUUACAGCCAUGUUGAAGGAGAUGAUGGACUCAACUCUCUGAUGGGACAUACAGCUCAUGUUGGAGUUAAUCGUACAGAUCAUGUUGGAGUUAAUCGUACAGAUCAUGUUGGGGAUACUCAUACAGAUCAUGCUGGGGAUACUCAUACAGAUCAUGUUGGGGAUAAGCAUAUUGCCAUGACAGAUGUUGACCAAACUGGUAAUGAAACCAGCUCCUAGAAGAGAAAUGUUGGCCAUUCUGGAGAUGAACAACAGAACUCCAUGACUAUUUUGUGUGUCUGCUUCACAUCAAUUUACUGGAAUUGUUGAUGACAGGAAAAGCACUUGACAUCCAUACAUUUGACUGUUUGCCUUCUGCAAGAGACAUAUACCCGAUCAUCUACAUGGAGAAAAUGAGCUUUAAAAAAUUGGUUCCUGAUUGAAAAAUAUUUAUCAGUUUUAACUGCUAACAUGAUUUGUCAUAGUGAAUUAUUCAGCAUAAAUAGACAGACUGCAAUUCUGUCCUUGGAAAGUUUGAACGAUGGUCCAAGGUGUUGCUUAAAAUGUUGUGUAUAUUUUAUUAUUAACUGUUAUUGUCUGGUGUUUCUGUGUUAUUUCAGUUAACUUUGUAUGGUUUACAGUUAUUUUUACAUACAUUGAUAGAUCAUGUGUUUUCAUCAUUGAAAUGACAUUGAUUUUUUUAAUAUUAUACACACAAAUUGUUUUAUUAAAAAUUGCUGGAGAUGAUUAUUUAAUUAUAGGGCAUUAAACUCAAAACUAUACAUGAAUUAUUUAUAUUGUCUUUUUUUAUUAUUAUUGGACUCCCAAGUUUCCAGAACUUCAUAAAUCCAUACGCAUGCAGUACGAAGUGUCUCGUACAGUAAUACACGGACUACAAUCACAGAUAAGUGAUCAGUAUAUCAAUGAUCAUUGUCAGAACGUCGUCUGUGCAAAUGAAAUUAAUCAUGUGGAUUCUCAAAAACUGAAAGACUAACUGAAAUUAUUCAACCUCAAUCCAAAUCGAAAUUCAGUAAUGUUAAAAUGUUUCAUUUUUAAUAUUUUAACAAUCUUUUGAAAUUGUGUACAUAUGAAUAAUUUGUUAAGAUUGAAAGUAUGUCAAGACAAAAAAAGGUUUACUAAGUCAGACAUGUGAAAUGCUAGACUUCUUCAUUAUUAACAUACAUGUCAAAUUUGGUAAUAGGAUAUAUAAUUAUAAAUAGGAAAUCAUUAUUUCCGUGGGCACCAUUUUUUCCCCUUCUAUUCAUAUAAAUAAUAAUUUCAAACUUUAUCUUUAUGUACUCGGGCUAAAUGGAAACAGAGACUUCUAGCUAAAAGUUCAGUUGCAACUUUUGCUAUAUUAUUAAUUUUUUAUUAUUUGGUAAUAGCACAACAACAGAACACCUUCCACUAAUUUACCCACCAGAGCUGAAGUAAAAUUAAAAGAAACUGGCAGUACAAGAUGAGAAAUUAAAACCUACACUAGCCUCUGGACUAAGCUAUGCUAGAAAGUGUAUGACUUAAGCUUUCUAAAGGUCAGUUUAUCCUUCUGCACCAGCUUUUGUAGCGUACAUCUUGCAACUUCUGAAAUACCCUAUGGCAUGGUCAAAUGCUGAUUUUAAACAAUGCCAUGUCAUGACAUAAGAUGUAUCAUUACGAUUAUGGCAUUGAAACUCUAGAAUUCUCCUUGGUGAAAACCUUGUAAUACCUUUCACUGAUUCUUCUCGCUGACUAACAACUACAGACUGUAUUCAUGAUGGUGCCAUGACUGAUUAUUGAUAAUAUUUCAUUGUUAAAGCUGUUCAAUUGAUAGAUCACCACUAAAUAGAUGCCAUAAUUGCCACAGUAAUGGCAAGACAGUAUAACAAACAUGGAUUACUGUUCAGCUGAACAGGCUACUCGCAUAGAUCUAUCAUUAAGCUUUGGAAAAUAAUAUAAUGGCUUGGAGACCAGCAAAUGAUGCUAUUGGCUACAGAAAUGUUGGACUAAUGCAUGUAAAAUGGUUAGAAUUCUUGCAUAGAUUUCCUUUUGUUUUAUCCUUUGAAAAAUCAUUUAAUGACAAGACCAACAAGAAAUGCUCUUGGCUGAAGAAUUUUUGCAUAAAUUUAUUAUUAUUAUUAUUAUUGUUGUUGUGCUUUGAAAAAAUUAUUUAAUAACAGUUUAAGACCAACAAGUUGUGCUCUUUGCUAAAGAAAGGUUGGAGUAAUGCAUGGAAAAUGGUUAGAAUUCUUGCGUGCAUGGGUAAUGUCCAUGUCUGAUCAGAUUAGUGUUUUUAUUGAUUUUAUGUUUUUAUCUUCUCAUUUGAAGAACUCCUACAUUGUAACAACAAACAUUCGUCUUUGGGGGUAAUGUGGAUGGUCUUAUUCAAAUAUUUGUUUAUUUAUCCUUCCAUCCAUACAAAAUCCUCAGAAGCAUAUUUACUGCCUAGAAUAUGCUUCCCAGUUAGUAAAUAUUUGUUUUCAUAUUUACUACAAAUGCAUAGUAGAACAUUUCUCAAGAAGAAAUAAAUAAAAUCCAGGAUGAAGCAGUGUAUGAGCUGUCUGGUGUGUUUGAUAUAAAUAUACAUCCUGUUUGACAACCAAUAGCUGAUGUGGUCUUCGUGCUUGGAUAUCCUUAAUCUUGAAUUCAUUCACUAACAUACAUUGUACAUCCUGACAGAAUGUUAAUAAUGUUCAUCUUGCUGAAUCUGGGAGAAGUCUGUUACCUAGAUGCAAUGUCUAGCAGUUUAUGGAUAAAGUGGAUUGUUCUAAGACAU